AGCAGCCCUGAAUCUCAAGUGACCUUUCAGCCUCCCUUGAUCUCGGAGCUGGGUGGAGAAGCAGUUUUAUUUCUGUCCCGAUAAUAGACCGGGAAGGGAAGGCGCGUCGUGGGAUAAAUUACUUUUCGCUCCUACAGUCCUUUAUGUCCCCAUUGAAACUUCCUUUCAAAGAACAGGGUGUCUCCUCCCAGCUGGAGACAAUAAUCUAUUUUUUUUUUUAAAAAACACCUCCCCAGGCCUCCAGGCAAUUAAAGUUCCUGCUCGUUUAUAAUCAUCCCCGAGUUCCAAGGCUUUAUUGUUCAUUCCAGAAAUAAAUACCGGUAGUUCUCCUGCUCACACGCACACACGCAGAGCGAGCCAGCUCUGCCACAGGCAAACGCUCCUCUCUCUUGCACCUGGCAAGCACAACCAUGUCCUUCAGCCACCUGAAGUUCAAGGAGCUCGGGGAAGAGGAGUCGAACUCAGACAAGGAGAACCUGGACAGCGUGAAGGCCCUGACGGCCAAGCUGAAGCUGCAGACUAGGAGGCCUUCCUACUUGGAAUGGAAGGCCCGCGUGCAGAGCCAGUCCUGGAGGAACGGGGUCACGGAGGGAGCCAUCAGCUCGCUGAAUGAAGAGCAGGGCGGAGAGGUGUUUCUGGAGGCGACUCAAGCCGACGUGCCGUCCAGGAGCAUCUGUGGGUUUGCCACCAUGGACGAUGCCCUGGAGUGGCUCAGAAAGGAGCUGCAGGAGAUGCAGGCUGUGGAUCACCAGCUGGCGCGGCAGCUGAUGCGGCUGCGGGGGCAGAUUCACCAGCUGAAGGUGGAGCAGGUGUGCCACCAGCACAAGGAGAUGCUGGACAAUGCCACCUUUGGCCUGGAGGGCUGUGAGGAGGACACAGACCUGCUCUGCAACAUUCCGCCCAAGGCCGCCUUCUUGCUCUCCACGCCACUCAAGCACAUUGGCGUCACGCGCAUGAACAUCAACUCCCGGCGCUUCUCCCUCUGCUGAGGGCCCUGGCCUCCUGCCCAGGGCUGUUUGGGCAGGGCACCUCUUCACGGCAGGGAGCAUUAGCAGGGACCCCUCGCCGCGCCCCAAACUUGGCCCAUGUGCAUGCGCAUACCUAGAAGCUCAGGCUGAAGGCUCAGGUCCUGAGCUGGUGGGUCGGGUUAUAUACAGGCCAGCGUAGUGUUCAGCCCAGUUACAGUGGCCGAGGGAAGUGGUGAGUGUACAGCGUAUUCCCCCCUCCCUGAUGAUUGGUGUUGCAGGUCUGUGGGCUAGCAGGGCUGCCACCUCCCAUCUGAUGCCGCAGCCUGCCACCUGACCCUCUCCUGCCAUUCACAGCCGCCUCUGGUGAGUCCCUGCAGCGUCCCGCGCUGGAUACCGCAGCCAGCUAGAAACCAAACCUGACCGAACCGAGGCUGGGCUAACGCGCUGCAUGGAUUGCCUGGCACCAGAGGUGCAGAGACCUGCCAAGUCUGCAGUGCUGAGUCCCCCAGGCCCAGGUGGAGCUCAGCGCGGCCCCUUGAGGAACCGGAGCCUGUGACUGGUUUCAGUCCCCGCAGCAGCCAUGCUACCCCUUCUGGGCCUGCCUUGCAAAGACAGGUGGGUGGGGUCCGUGGAGCCCACAUACCCCACCCCUCCAACGCCAGUAGCAUAUCUCUGGCCAGGGGCCAGUCCCUCCUCAGCCAGCUCUGUCCUAGCUUAGGAAGCAGCGUCUGUAACGCACAGCGCUAUGCACGUACGUUAACCCCGGAGUCACACUUCCCUAACGCUGCGGGGCCAGAGGUGCACAGGCUGCAGUGGCAGGUGCUGGCAGAGAGGGGGCAGGGUUUGGUGAGCAGCUCGGUGAGUUCUCCGCAGCCUGUGAGCCUCAUGGCUCAGCUGGGUGGGGGAGAGGGGGCGGUCUAAGGCAUCUGUGAUGCACGUCACGCUGCUGGGUCCCAUUCGCUGCUGCAGAAAACCCAAGAAAAAGUUUCCGUGCAGAAAUAAAAGACGGCGUCUGCAAAGGUGUCCUUGUUUCCUUCUGUCUCUCACACACAGUUCGGCCUGGCUCUAUCCCCAGACACAUGUCUGAUCAGGGACACGCACACAGUCAGUUCCCUUCGACCUGCAGACGCAUAUAUGAUCUGGGACACUGACAAACGGGGCCUCCUCGCUCAGACCCACCCACCCACCCACAGACAGAAACACACAGGCCAGGUGGAAACACACAAUGAGGGAGAACUGCCUUGACUCAGCCUCUGACCAGCCGUCUCUUCCGAUUCGGGCUGCUCGGUCUAUCCAUCCUUGACCAUGCUGGCAAGUGGUUUUGCGCUCUUGCCUGUCCCCAUUCAACGGCGCUGUUUUGGGCAGCCUUCUAACGAGCGGUGAGAACAUUGGGUUUGUCGCUCUCACUUCCGCUGGGUGUUGUUGUUUCCACUCGGUUUAGCUGAGGCCUCAGAUGAGACAGGCGCCCACUUCACAGUGAACCUAUGAGCAGCCCUGCCUAGCCAGGGGCCUUUUCUCCUCUAUGUGCAAAUAGGCAUGUUGGUUGUGGUCCAUGUUUCACUUCUUGCUGUCUCCUCGUGCGAUCAUCCCUGAAGACACUGGCAGUUUUCCCCUGGAACUUUUUACAGGAAUAUCUGGAAUCUCCGGGAGGGUCAUUUUCAGGGGAACAUUCGUUUUUACAAUUACAAUGGAUAAAAAAUUUGCACUCAUCCAACGAUCUCAGAGCACUUUACAAAUUCUAUUCAAACCAGCUGAGAUUGGUCAGUAUCAUUCUGCCUAUUUUAGAUAUAGGGAGAAUGAGGCACAGAGAUAGGGCAUGACUUGCUCCAAAGACACGCAGCAAACCAGUGGCAGAGCUGGGAAGAGAAUCUAGGAGCUGGUUCUCUUCUCAAACCAUUAAACUACCCCCUCUUCCCAGAGCCAGGAAUUGAAACCAGGAGUCUUGUCUCCAAGUGCCCCGCUCAAAACAUAACAGCACAUUAUCUCUGUUAGAACCAAGAGCUCGGAGUUGCACGGAAGGAUCUCAUUAAGUGAUCAUUAUACUCACAAUAUUCAACAGAAAUAAAGGAAGAUUUCCUGAACUGAAUAAUAAUGAGAGCUAGUUGACAUUUUUAAUACAAUAAGUUUUUUUUUAAUUAAAAUGUUGGGUUGUUCUUUUUAAAUCUUUUGCAAAAAAAAAUGGUUAAUGUUAGUGACAUUUUUAGUUUUAUGUGAAAGCCUAGUUUUGACAGUUUUUCUCAAAAUUGUUAUCAGUAAAUAAAAAAUGUUGAUCACCAUUUUGCUAACCUUUCCAGUAAUGUUUUCCAUUUAAAAAAAAAUCAGGACAAUUUCUGAAAAAGUGGGUCCAU